AAGGACAACUUAUUUCUCUCAGACUUACAUAAAGGACAAGUUAUUUCUCUCAGACUUACAUAAAGGACAACUUAUUUCUCUCAGACUUACAUAAAGGACAAGUUAUUUCUCUCAGACUUACAUAAAGGACAACUUAUUUCACUCACAUUCAAACCUUUGAUUGAGGAGUUCAUGAAGACUUCUACCAGAAUGAGCUGACUGUGCUGAUGAUGCAGUGUGUGAAAUAUACAUGAGACCAUGAUGAAUAAUUACUGUGAAUAGGAGUCUAAACGGACAUGUCUCCCAGUCCAAGGACAGAGUGACACAACUGAACAUGGUAGACAACAUUAUGGCACGUCAGACCUGUCUGUGUCUCUCCUCUUGUUUGUCUAGGUCUGUCGGGUUUGUUUCAACGUUAGACUGUCUGUGUCUCUCCUCUUGUUUGUCUAGGUCUGUCGGGUUUGUUUCAACGUUAGACUGUCUGUGUCUCUCCUCUUGUUUGUCUAGGUCUGUCGGGUUUGUUUCAACGUUAGACUGUCUGUGGUUGUCUUUGUGUCUGCUGCUCUGCCUCUCUGUGUGUUGCAGUGACUGUUGUGUCCCUUUUGGGACUAUUGCCAGAGGGCCCUGUUUGUUCGAGUCGGUCUGUCAGAUGAAAACAGGCUUCUCCAACCUCAGCACUAAAUAGCCUGGCUGGCCAAAGUCUGCUGGAGGGGAGUGAUGACUCACACUUCCCUCAAGGUUGCAGUGCCCGCUCACAAAGAAAAGAGAUGGGAAUGGAGUGAGAUGGAGGGAAAAACAUUUCUUCUCCUUUCUGCAUCUCUUUCUGUCUGUUCAAUUCUCCUUGUCUUCUGGUUGUCAUGUUCAUAAUUCAUAGCCAAAGGAGGAAAGCGUGUACCUGUUGUCACCUGGUGGAAGAGAGGGGCUGAAGAUGGCUGCUUUCAGCCCAGAUAGAUGACCAAGGUGCUGUUCAGGGGACACAGGGAUUCCUGUGUCUUAGUCCAGCCCCCCUGAAUGCUAAGCUAGCCAUCGUUGUUGGUCAGUCAAGUGACAUGGGUCAGUGAACAGGCUGGCUUUGCACGUAUUGGCGUGUGAAGUGUGUUCUUUGCGGCAGUGUCCUAGCUAGCUGCAGCAUAUCCUCUUAUGUAAUCUACUGCAGGAAGGCACAGAGAGAUGGUAGGCUUUACCACAGAGAGAGGGCCUGCCAUGCAUGCCAAGACGGCAUACCUUAUCUCCUAGGGAUGGGGUAAAAAUCGAGUUAUAUAUCGGGAUAUUAUUUUUGACAAUAUAUAAUUUUGACAAUAUUGCAAUAUUAUUUUUGCGCUAGUUUGCUGUACACUGCACCAAAACGCCAGUAUUUUUCCUUAAUAGCUUGUUCUCCAUCUUAAAACUUAAAUAGGGAGCCAGUUUGUUUUCAGCAUUUUUAUUUCCAUGACAGAUCAAAACUAGUUUUCUCAUGACUCUCUCUUAUCCCUCUGUAGCAGACAUAUAAUGAGCAAUAUGUUUGAAACAUCGAAUUGCAAUAAAAUCACAGUAUUGAAUCGCAACAUAAUCGUGAGAAUUGGCGUACAUAUUGCAUCUGCACCUCAGUAUUGUAUAAUGCAUCUGCACCUCAGUAUUGUAUAUUGCAUCUGCAUCUCAGUAUUGUAUAUUGUAUCUGCACCACAGUAUUGUAUAUUGUAUCUGCACCUCAGUACUGUACUGUAUAUUGUAUCUGCACCUCAGUACUGUAUAUUGUAUCUGCACCUCAGUACUGUAUAUUGUAUCUGCACCUCAGUAUUGUAUAUUGUAUCUGCACCUCAGUAUUGUAUAUUGUAUCUGCACCACAGUAUUGUAUAUUGUAUCUGCACCACAGUAUUGUAUAUUGUAUCUGCACCUCAGUACUGUACUGUAUAUUGUAUCUGCACCUCAGUACUGUACUGUAUAUUGUAUCUGCACCUCAGUACUGUAUAUUGUAUCUGCACCUCAGUAUUGUAUAUUGUAUCUGCACCUCAGUAUUGUAUAUUGUAUCUGCACCUCAGUAUUGUAUAUUGUAUCUGCACCUCAGUAUUGUAUAUUGUAUCUGCACCUCAGUAUUGUAUAUUGUAUCUGCACCUCAGUAUUGUAUAUUGUAUCUGCACCUCAGUAUUGUAUAUUGUAUCUGCACCUCAGUAUUGUAUAUUGUAUCUGCACCUCAGUAUUGUAUAUUGUAUCUGCACCUCAGUAUUGUAUAUUGUAUCUGCACCUCAGUAUUGUAUAUUGUAUCUGCACCUCAGUAUUGUAUAUCGUAUCUGCACCUCAGUAUUGUAUAUCGUAUCUGCACCUCAGUAUUGUAUAUUGUAUCUGCACCUCAGUAUUGUAUAUUGUAUCUGCACCUCAGUAUUGUAUAUUGUAUCUGCACCUCAGUAUUGGAUCAUGAGGUCCAAUUCCCGUCCCUAUUAUCGCCCCACAGAGAAUCUUUCAAGUCAGAGUAGGACAGAAAUCUAAUCUGUGUUUUCAUUGUGGAAUGAAAGCAAGAGAAUCAUGUUCCAGAACCACUGAUUAUAAUAUGAUGAAUGGUUUACUUAUAUUAUGUAAUAGUUGUUUCAUGUUUUCAAAUUGUGUUAAGUCACUUUUUAAGGUAUUUACUGAGGUGUUGCUCUGAUUGGUAGUAAUAGUUAUUGCUGUUUGGUCUUCUCAGGGUUCAUGACUGUGGUCAAAACACUCACAUUUGCGACCCUUUGACUUGGCAGUGCGACAACCAGCAUUUAUUGGUCGCUAGAGUGCCAGUGAUUUAUUUUUUUAUAGCUGGUCAGGUUGGUUUUUGGUUCACAAUUUACAUGUUUUAUUUUAUUAUCAUGAUUUAUUCAAACAGCAAUGGGUUUGCAGAAAACAACAACAAACAGGUGAAGUUUUGGUUGAAUCUUGGCGAUGUGCAAUUCGGUCAUCAUGGGCUGUUUGAAUGAACUUUUCUAAAGGGUUUCCCCAAAAAAACUCCUAAUUUAAGUAUUGACUGAAAAUCAGGCCUACCUGGCAGAGUGAUAUCAUGUUGAUUUGUAUAAAUCGCGGGGCAUUUGUUUUGCAAACUCUGCCAUCACAUGUAGCCUACACUGUAUAUUGUACAGUACAAAACACCGCUAGCAGGUCUCUUGCUAGGUGCUCAAUUUGUAUUUAUUUUUGUUUAACUAGGCAAGUCAGUUAAGAACAAAUUCUUAUUUACAUUGGUGGCCUACCCCGGCCAAACCCUAACCCGGACGAUGCUGGGCCAAUUGUGCGCCGACCUAUGGGACUCCCAAUCACGGCCGGUUGUGAUACAGCCUGGAAUCGAACUAUGGGUCUGCAGUAACGCCUCUAGCACUGAGAUGCAGUGCCUUAGACCGCUGCGCCACUCGGGAGCGAAUUAAAGGGAAGCUACACUCUCCAAAAUAUAUUUUGGGGAUCAUUCUGACUUCAAAUGUGUUCUCCUGAUGUGGUUUAAGCAUCAUUGUGGACUUAGAAUGUACAUUUUUGUAGUUUUUCUACAUAAAAAAAGUGUGAUUUGUUUAUGAAAACCUGGAAAAACAGAACCAGAAGUGCGGAAUUUACCAAAACUUAAAACUGAUUUUAUAAAAAAAAAUAUAUAAAUAAAUGUGGAACUCAGUCGGGGUCUCAACUUUCUUUUGUGAGGUAGAAUACACAAGGUACAAUUUUGAAAUUUGAUUGUGCAUUAACAGUUUUUCCUCUUGUUUUUCUCUCACUGAUAUUCACUCAAUAAGCCCAUGUCAGCUAAAAUGUUAUUUGAUUGGAAAGUUAGUCUAGUGGCCAUCUAUCAUGGUCAAAUUAGAGCCUGAUGGGCCCCAUUUGAUUUUGUUAGUCAGUUAGUCUCACUCAGAUAUCAUAUUAAAAAUGUCACACUUUUCUCUCCGCCCCAUGGCAAAAAUGAACUUUAAAACUUAAAAAUGUUUUCUCUGGGGGGGCCCCCCUCAUGAUGAUUUCAAAAAUGUUUGUGGCUCCCACCCCCAUCAGUUGCCCAUCCCUGCUGUAGGCAGACAGUGGAAGCCAAACCAACCACGUGACAUCACGCUAGUGUUAUUACUAGAUGGGUGUGCCGUCUGCCAUAUGGAACCCUAUCUGGUUCUGUUUAGAAUGUUCAGCACUUUUCUCAGUCCAGUUCUUUCUCUUCCUCUGAGGUCUCAGUAGGAUUUUAGAGGCUCUGUAAGAGAAUGCGCCAUGUAACUUCAUCAUCCACAGACACAGUCGACUAAAGAAAACGUUUCUGUCCGUCUAGCCCUCACUGUGCUCUGUGUAUGAUGUCUACAAUAACGCACGUGUUCUCUCUGAGACGUUAAAUUAUAAUAACUUAUGAUCUAGGAGGUCAUGACUGUCUCACACAGCACUUGAUCUUAUGAUUGUCAUCCAUGUGUUAACCCAUACCACUAUAGCAUGGCCACAGUGUGUGAACAGUGUGUGAUCUUAUGAUUGUCAUCCAUGUGUUAACCCAUACCACUAUAGCAUGGCCACAGUGUGUGAACAGUGUGUGAUCUUAUGAUUGUCAUCCAUGUGUUAACCCAUACCACUAUAGCAUGGCCACAGUGUGUGAACAGUGUGUGAUCUUAUGAUUGUCAUCCAUGUGUUAACCCAUACCACUAUAGCAUGGCCACAGUGUGUGAACAGUGUGUGAUCUUAUGAUUGUCAUCCAUGUGUUAACCCAUACCACUAUAGCAUGGCCACAGUGUGUGAACAGUGUGUGAUCUUAUGAUUGUCAUCCAUGUGUUAACCCAUACCACUAUAGCAUGGCCACAGUGUGUGAACAGUGUGUGAUCUUAUGAUUGUCAUCCAUGUGUUAACCCAUACCACUAUAGCAUGGCCACAGUGUGUGAACAGUGUGUGAUCUUAUGAUUGUCAUCCAUGUGUUAACCCAUAGCACUAUAGCAUGGCCACAGUGUGUGAACAGUGUGUGAUCUUAUGAUUGUCAUCCAUGUGUUAACCCAUACCACUAUAGCAUGGCCACAGUGUGUGAACAGUGUGUGAUCUUAUGAUUGUCAUCCAUGUGUUAACCCAUACCACUAUAGCAUGGCCACAGUGUGUGAACAGUGUGUGAUCUUAUGAUUGUCAUCCAUGUGUUAACCCAUACCACUAUAGCAUGGCCACAGUGUGUGAAAGUCCCUCCACCCUGACCUUCACAUCAAAGAUUAACAUCAUUAUGUGUCAUCAAUGGAAGUGCUGGCUAUUUGAAGAAUCUGUUUAACCCUGUUUUGGUUACUACAUGAUUCCAUGUGUGUUAUUUCAUAGUUUUGAUGUCUUCACUAUUAUUCUACAAUGCAGAAAAUAGUAAAAAUAAAGAAAAACCCUUGAAUGAGUAGGUGUUGUAAAACUUUUGACUGGUAGUGUAUAUAGACAACUCAGGACAUUCCCACGGAUUGCUUAGAUUGUUUUCAUCACUGAGACAUUCCAUUCAUUCCUUGUUGUUUUUUAUCCUGAGUGGACAUCACAACCCAUUUCACAGCCUACUUUCACAGUCACUUUAAGAUCACCAGCCAGGGCUGCAGUGCAGAGCGUUAGACCAGAGAGCAUUGAGAAUCAGAGGCCUACGUCCCAAGUGGCAUCCAAUGAGUUUGUGGUCAAAAGUAGUACACUAUAUAGGCUCUGGUCUAAAGUAGUGCACUAUAUAGGGAAUAGGGUACCAUUUAGGAUGCAGAGCAACUCCCUGCUUUGGUGUUAAAGUCAAAGAGAGAUGGUCAGGUUAUAUCUAAUGGAGUCCUUCCUUCCUCAGUGUCCAUGUUUUGACCGGAAUCCCAGCAUGAGACGCAGCAUAUUGAGCCAAGAGGAGCAAUCUGAUAGUUGAUGGGGUAAACUAACUCCCAUCUGUCAGCUUUUCACAGGAGAACCCCGACACCAGGGAUUUUGAGAUGAGGGCCAGUAUAAAGAAUUGAUGUUGUCUCUGUGAAUGAUUUCUGUAAGACAAUCCCUUGUUUAGUCUUUAAUAUUGCUAGACUAGCUUAUUUGGUCAAUCCAUUUGGUUGAGUGGAUUUUGAACUGUUUUCUUAAGUGAGAUCCCCUGACUGUCUCCUCUCUCCAUCUCCUCGCUCUCCUUUCCUCUCCUCUGAGAGAGCAGACUGACGGAGAGGGGUAGAGAGAGGGCAGCCUCUCUUGCCCUCCGAGCUUCUCUUUUUAUCCUUCCACCGUCCGCCCUUCUCCCCUGCGUGAGUUUGUUAUUAAACCCAGAACAGAUAAAUAUAUUCAUUCUGUCCAUCACCUCUCCCCAUUCCUGCAUGUUUUGAACUAUAUUAUGGCGAGACGCUCUAGCCGAGUCCUUGAGAAUCAGUCUGCAUCCCAAAUGGUAACCUGUUCCCCUACAUAGUGUACUACAUUUGAACUGGGCCCAUAGGGCUCUGGUCAAAAGUAGUGCACUAUAUAGGGAAUAGGAGAGGGGGGGGGGGCGUUUUGGACGCACACUCUCCCUCCUGAGGUGAUAUAUUAGAUCUCGCUGGUGAAAAUCAAAACAGUGUCUGUAACAUCUCAGACUCCACAGGUGUGAUACGAGACUAAACAACCAGACACAAUCUCCUGAUCUCCAGAGGCAAACAACAGCAGCAUACAGGGCAUUCUUUUCACCACAGAGAACAAAAGGCCUUGUUUGUACUUGAGACAAAGAUAACUUGGUAUGUUUGUGUGUCAUCAUGCCAGUUCUUAUUUAGAUUCACUAUGCGUUGCCGUUUGUCGCCUCUGUCCUGAUAACUUCAGAAUAUUUGUCUCUCCUCAUUUGUCUGAGAUGUGACCUUUUUAGAAUAUUUCUCAGGGUGGCAGAACUCAAACUCUAAUUGGUGGAAAUGUGAGUGUUCUGUGAGCCGAGGCCCUGGGCUGGGGGUCAGCCAUAACCACUGCUGUUAUUACCAGGAGCUUCUGCAUAUCCCUCUCUCUCAUUUCCUCUUACAUUCCCUCAUCCCCCACCGCUCAGUGACUUUUACCCAGGCGCUCGCUUACAACUGAAAUAAGGGCCUUAGCUUACCGGCCAAGCAUGGCCAAGUAGAAAGGGGAAGAGAGACAACAUGUUAUUUCCUUUCCACUGCUUAUAGAAAUGUUAUUCUCCUUAAUUCCGUUGGCUAAAGGUUUCUUCCAUCCAGGCUUUGGAAACUAAUGGGCAGAUUUGAGCUGUUUUACUUCCACUCUGCUGUAAGUCAAUAUUUAGUUAAUUACCUGGGUCUCUGAGACUGAUGCGCUCUCUAUCUUACCAUCCACCCCCACUGGUGCAGUUUGCCUGCUUGACUGACUGCGUUCAGAUAGCAAUUAAGAUGGGUAUGAAAAAUUAAAGACGACUGCUUGAGAUCAGUGCACAUUUGGAGCAACGGGAGGAAAACAAAGCACACCAUCAUUCAUGGCUCCAGGCAAUGCAUUUUUCUGAAAUAAUUGGUGGAUGUGGGUUGUAUUGUGCCUUGUGUUUUCUUUAUUUUUUCCUUACGCCCACUCUCUCUAACACAAGGAAAUGGCACAAGCAGAGAUGAAGACUUCAAUGGAUAUGUGCACUUUCUCCUCCAGGAAAGCCAUUCUGUCGGUUCCGCAUUUUGAAGACGACACAUUAAAAUAAGGAAAAGGGUGGAGGGGGUGCUGAAGUAGCCUAGCUGAUGCCUUUAAAAAGCAACAAAUCCCUUUGAAAACAGCCUAUGUGGUAUCGAUAUGAGAAACAGUUAUUCUAGUUUCAAAAUUUACUACAAAGUGUGAGUAGGAUCAUUUUGGUCAUAAAGUCAGUCUCGUCUGAAACGGAGUUUGGAACAUGUGUGCGUCACAACGGGUAAAGGAAGGUUGGGUUUUGAUUUGACGAUGUCCGUUAGCCCACUAACAUGGAGUGAACAGCUGCAGUGAUUACUGUCUAUCCAAUAGCACAGACCUGCGAGGCAGACCUGCGAGGCAGACCUGCGAGGCAGACCUGCGAGGCAGACCAGUGAGACAGCAGCUCCCCAAAAAAAUGUACUGCACCAAAGGCCUUAGUUAGAUGUAAAAUUGUGCAACUAAAACAUCCUCGGCAAAAACAUCAAUUAAUUACAGAUUUUUUGAGUUAUCUUAGAUUAAUUCUGGGGACUGUGAGGAAGUGAAAUAGGCUUUUGCGUCUACAGUGUCUCAUGGGGGACAAACCUCAUUAACCAAAAGCUGAAUCGGUUAGGAAACCAAGACCCAAAUGUUGUGUUUUCUAAUGAGCAACAGAAAAACACACUUGCCAAUUGGUUUGUUCAGUGGCUCUUUAAAGUCUUGUUUUUUUAGGUGACAUUUAAGAGAAUAAUGAAUAUUGUAGGUUUAGUAGCCUAUUCCUCUUCUACCUCUUCAAUAUUUAGUAUUAUGUACAGCUGCAGUGCCACAGGAUUUUCAACCAAAGGCUUUCUUUGGGAUUCAUAAUUUUCCUAAUAUGAUUACUUGAUGUCAGUAGCAUCUGAUUGAUUAGGUCCAUAGAAAUAAGAAUGGAUAGAAAGGGCAUCUCCGUUCAAGUCAAUGAUGGCAUAAUGGGUGGACUGGCGGCCAUUUUGACUGUAUCCAUUUCAGCGUCUUUCUUUUUCCCAGCGCAGUUAAGCCAAAACCACGCCCUGUUAUUCCGAGGCGUUCUACAACGUCAGGAAGUGAAUCACGUAGCGCAAAAUUUCAGUCACUGAUUAAUAACAUUUGCCCUUGUAUUUCAAGAUUGAAAAAUAUAAUAACAUAAUGUUGUGGACCGAGCUAGCCGUUGAUGCCGCUUAACGUUCAAAUACAGAUUCAAUGGCUGUAGCAUAGCGUAUUCGACUGAAUGAUUAGCUAAUAAAUAUUUGAACAAUUAUGAAUAAUAAACAUAUGCUUUUACCUGAUAAUAGACUACUAAUGAUAAUAUAACAACUUCAUAUACUGAGCUAGUAACGUUAAGUAGCCGAGGUCAACUUAGCUGACCUUCAAAUGAGGGAAUUCAGCAGAGUUCUGAGACAUUUUUACAACUCAAUGAAACUCUGAAAAUAAAUACAUGGACAAAUGUUACCAAACAUGACAAUAACAGGCCUGCAUUACGGUAGGCAGCUAAUUUGUUAAAUUACACUUUCCAUCCUUACCUUGGAAGGCCACUGUCUCUGUGCUGAUCGCCUGUGAGUGAGACAACGCUAGCUAGCCAAUGGGAGCGUCCUCUGAAUAACGGGGCGUGGUUUUGGCUUAACAGCGUUGGGGAAAAGAAAGCCGUAUUUCAGAAAGUAAAAGCAUUGUACCCAUCAGUCUGUGCUGUGAUUUGUUGAGUCAACUCAACUGAUAUUACAAAAAAUACAUUCCAUUGCAUGAGCCACAUCAGUUAGCAUCAUUUGAAUGAACAUUCUACAUUACCAUGGCAACCCAGCAUCAGUUGAUAGAACAUUCCAAAAUACCAUGGAAAUUAUUGCAUCACAAUACCAGGCAGCGAUUGCGAGUGUACCCAUGAGUUACCAGUUUACCAAUCAAUUACCAGGGUUAGAGGUUCCAAGCACGUUCUAGUCAUUUUUAUUUCUAUGAUUAGGUCUACAUGUAAAACAAUAGCCCUUUGAGGCACAGCCCUUAGUAAUAGAUUCAGUAGAUUUCUCUGUAUUGUGGUGACCUGUGAUGGUAGUAAUAGCCAGUAGGCUUCUAUUCAUGUCUCAGACAUUCUACCGUCUACUUUCUUACUUUAACACACAGUGGUUCAGUCAUUCCCUCACACCAUCCCCAGCUGUUCCAUAAUGGCCUGUCCACUCUGAUUGAGACCAUUGAACAAGGUGGUGGGUGGUUAGCUAGGGAGAACAGUGUUUUACUUUGCUUACCUAUUAAGUUUUGUUUUUGCGCUCUCUCCCUCUUUCUCCCCCUCCCUCCCCCCUAUCCCCUCCUCCCGGGUCUUGAUGUUUUCCCCUGUGGAUUUCUCACCCAACAUGGCCGCAGCAAUGUUGACUGUAGAGGUCUGUGUGUGGGCACAGUUUCAAGUAGCAUCUUUGGUAGCUAGCUGGGACUAGGAGGCUUGUCACAUAAUGUGCCAAAGAACCAUCCAUCCUGCUUCUGUUUAACAUCUCUGAAGGGCAUGCUAUGAAAGGGCUUUGAUUUAGCGGACGUUAAUAAGGAGUAGAUCUCUCUCUGUUUGUACAACUCUGUGAUGGACAAUGGGAUUCCACAUUAACUAGGUAUCCAUUCAAGUCCUUAGGCUUUGAAAACUCUAGGUCAUGCAGACCUAUUACAUUGUAACUUUGCAUUUCAUGUUAAAUUAAAAAACCUCUCCAAUUAGCCUGUUAGCUUAUCGGCUAGGCUUGCUCUCUGCUUCUGUUCUGCUGUGUUCUGUGUGUUUGAAGAUGAGUGUAGAACAGAACAGAGGGCCUGGCAGUGCCCUUGGGGAAGAAGGACUGAGUGUAGUAGUCACACAGUCAGGCUCACCUGCUGAUAGAACACUUGGCUUCAGACCCAUCUGGUUCCAGGUGUAGAGGCUACAACAUCCAUCUGGUUCCAGGUGUAGAGGCUACAACAUCCAUCUGGUUCCAGGUGUAGAGGCUACAACAUCCAUCUGGUUCCAGGUGUAGAGGCUACAACAUCCAUCUGGUUCCAGGUGUAGAGGCUACAACAUCCAUCUGGUUCCAGGUGUAGAGCCUACAACAUCCAUCUGGUUCCAGGUGUAGAGGCUACAACAUCCAUCUGGUUCCAGAGGUAGAGGCUGCAACAUCCAUCUGGUUCCAGAGGUAGAGGCUGCAACAUCCAUCUGGUUCCAGAGGUAGAGGCUACAACACCCAUCUGGUUCCAGAGGUAGAGGCUACAACACCCAUCUGGUUCCAGAGGUAGAGGCUACAACACCCAUCUGGUUCCAGAGGUAGAGGCUACAACACCCAUCUGGUUCCAGAGGUAGAGGCUACAACACCCAUCUGGUUCCAGAGGUAGAGGCUACAACAUCCAUCUGGUUCCAGAGGUAGAGGCUGCAACAUCCAUCUGGUUCCAGAGGUAGAGGCUGCAACAUCCAUCUGGUUCCAGAGGUAGAGGCUACAACACCCAUCUGGUUCCAGAGGUAGAGGCUACAACACCCAUCUGGUUCCAGAGGUAGAGGCUACAACACCCAUCUGGUUCCAGAGGUAGAGGCUACAACACCCAUCUGGUUCCAGAGGUAGAGGCUACAACACCCAUCUGGUUCCAGAGGUAGAGGCUACAACACCCAUCUGGUUCCAGAUGUAGAGGCUACAACACCCAUCUGGUUCCAGAUGUAGAGGCUACAACACCCAUCUGGUUCCAGAGGUAGAGGCUACAACACCCAUCUGGUUCCAGAGGUAGAGGCUACAACACCCAUCUGGUUCCAGAGGUAGAGGCUACAACACCCAUCUGGUUCCAGAGGUAGAGGCUACAACACCCAUCUGGUUCCAGAGGUAGAGGCUACAACACCCAUCUGGUUCCAGAGGUAGAGGCUACAACACCCAUCUGGUUCCAGAGGUAGAGGCUACAACACCCAUCUGGUUCCAGAGGUAGAGGCGGAAACAGAAGACCAAUGGCCAGAUGAUAGGGCACACAGCUGUACCCGAGCCCCUGGCUUCAGGGCCCGUCUCGCCCCGUUUCUCUCAUAUAGAUCGAUAGAUGACUCAUCCAAAGAUUUUUAUAACUAAACCAAGAUAGACCACAGCUUGUUGUUUCCAAUGAGAACAAAUGAAUCAUGAGUCAUAGUGUAAAACUGUAUUGAGAUCAAAUGUUUUAUCGAUGAGAAAAUUUGCAGAUUGUCAUCCAAAAUCAAUCUCGUUCCAUCUUCUCCCACUGUGAAUGACCGUUACUGACUGGUUACUGACUGGUUACUGACUGGUUACUGACUGGUUACUGAGACUAAGUGGAUGUUGGAGCUAGUUACUGGUUACUGACUGGUUACUGACUGGUUACUGACUGGUUACUGAGACUAAGUGGAUGUUGGAGCUAGUUACUGGUUACUGACUGGUUACUGACUGGUUACUGAGACUAAGUGGAUGUUGGAGCUAGUUACUGGUUACUGACUGGUUACUGACUGGUUACUGAGACUAAGUGGAUGUUGGAGCUAGUUACUGGUUACUGACUGGUUACUGACUGGUUACUGACUGGUUACUGACUGGUUACUGAGACUAAGUGGAUGUUGGAGCUAGUUACUGGUUAGGUUCCAUGUCUGUAUGGUUGGAGUGGUACCUUAAUGAGGUAUGGAGACUGACCUGAUCUCUCUCUCUCUCUCUCUCUCUCUCUCUCUCUCUCUCUCUCUCUCUCACACACACACGCAC